AUGCCGGCUACUUUACAAUCUGCCGUGCGCCAUAGUAUUAGUACAUCACCUACGAGAACAGACCACUAUCCAUACUCGCCAAACGGUAUGGGUAGUUUUAAUAACGAUGAAAGGGGUGGUUACAGUAGACAGGGCGCCACUACUAAUUCUAAAAAUAAUCCCACCAGCAUGUAUAACACAAUGUCAAUUCUUUGGAAGGAACAAAAUCCAAAUGAACAAAGGAACCUAACUACAAUCAAAGGAGCAACGAAGGCUGCCCAAUCAUCAACUAGACCUUCAACUCCACAUAAUAAUCGACAAAAGAAUACCGUUGAAAAGAAAAAGCCAAAUGUUCAGGCUCCCCCCAGUAAAACAACAACGGUUAAAAAGACAAAAAAUGAUUCACCACCAGUUUCCCCACCACCAAGUUUAAAACAAAAGUCUUCUGGUGCUACUAAUGGUCAGUCAUCCACUCGUCCUGACAAAAGGCCAGUUACCCCACAUGCUACUCAACCCGCAGGCAUCUUGAAGGCUGAUAAAAAGAAAAUUGAUGCGGUCUCUUCAAAAGCAUCAACUACGCAAAAUGCUCGUCGACCAGCUUCUCCCCCCGCUUCAGCCGCUCAUUCCGCUCACUCUCGUUCUCACGUAAGUGCCGCCUCGGCCGCUCAUUCCGCUCACUCUCGUGCUCAUGUACGUGCGGCUUCUCCCCCCGCUUCAGCUGCUCAUUCAGCUCACUCUCGUUCCCACGUACGUGCUGCCUCUCCUGAGGGUGCUUUGCGUCAAGAAAAUAGAAAAUUGAGGAGACAAUUGGAGGAUCAUGAAGACUUGUUACGUGAAAGGGAUUCCGAAUUGUUAGAAUAUCAAGAUCUCGUUGAAGCGUUUCAGGAACGCAUUCGCCAAGUUGAAGCUCGUAACCGUGAAUUAAAAUUGGAAAAUGACAUCAUGAGAAAUUAUAUUGAGGAGGAGAAGGCAAAGAAGGAAUCUAUUGUCAAUGAACCAACCAGGAUUAUUGGCUCUUUGAUGAAUAAUAUCCAAAGAAUUCAUGGUGAAUCUGCUUCCUCCGUAUCUGUUGCAAAAUCUCCUUUGGAUGUUAAUUCCUCCAAAUCUUCAUCACCAAUUCCUUCUGAUUCCCCCAUGACAUCUCCAAAAACUUCUCCCGUCACGUCAAAGUUGAAGUCUCAGGAGCUCUUAAAAGCCAAUAACCCUACAAAGGUUAACAAUAGCCCACCCAUUCGCCCUCAUGUGGUUCCCCAGGCUCGUGGGAAUUUGAUCCCGGCUAAUAAGAAAACGCCUCCUCAGGAUGAACCGCAUCCGCCGAGACCUACUGCGCCAUCUCCGGCCGCUAUGAAUCGUCAUGAGCCUUCGAUGAUCGGUGGGAGAAACGAAAUGUUAAAUAGAAAUGUAGAAUCUCGUGAUCGUCAGGCUUUGGGUCUCAUGAGAAAACAAAAUGCUGCUUUAAACGCUGUCAUGGAAGAAUCUGAAGAUAGCGAGGUCGAUGAGUUUAUUUUUGAACAAGAGAACGACGACACCGAAAAUGACAGUCCUGACGACGAAGAUGAUGAAUCUGUCAGCGAUUUUGAUAAAUGGUCAACUCAUGCUUCAUCUAAACACGACUUGGAUGCCAUCGUUGCCUCGGCUGGUACCACCCCCCCUAAAAAUUUUGCGGCCAACGUCUCCGGUACUCCCAACAAUGAUAAAUCCUCACAACGUCGCGUCAAUAGACGUUUUCAUGUAGACUCCAUCGGCUCUGAUUCCGGUAUCGGAAGUGCUCAUGAGGAAAUUUCUAGUGUUAAAAUUUCAUCGGCUUCUACUAAAGGUCAAAAUGGUCAAACUGUCAAUAACGAUUAUUUCUCCAAUGGUCAUCCUUCUUAUCACCCACAUCGGGAUUCGAUGUCAUCUGUUAACUCCGAUUCAUCUGACGAUUCUGCUUCAUUCUCGGUUUCUUCCUCUCAAAAUAACUCUUAUCCAUCUUCGGUCACCUCUCCAUCAUCCACACGAACUGAUUCUUUUACUUCUCAAAAAUUUGCUAUCGGUUCAUAUGGUCAAUCAUCCUCUCAAAGCUCCAACUCUUAUAACAACGGCAUGGCUCAAAAUAAAAAUCCGAUCAAAACUGGUUUAAAUGAUAUCUAUCCAACCUCGGUCACCACUACUCACUCUGAUAAUUCUGCUGAUCAUAAUAAUUAUGUACAAUCCAACAACAAAUUUGUCACCUCUCACACGACAAAAAACUCCAUUAAAACUGAUAAUCAAUUCAACUCGGUCUCAAAAUCUUCAUCCGGUCAUGAUAAUUAUAAUAACGACAAUGCCCCGGUUACUCGUCUUCCAUCCCCAACUUUUGCUACAACGGCUCGUCUUUCCGGCUCAUCAGUUAAUCAUCAGUUAAACAAACGAUCAAACCCAAACUCCCGUGCUUCUACACCAAGUUCAAAUGCUUCAACUGCUCGAGCAAAAUCACCGGCUUCUGCUUCAACAUCUCGAGCUUCGACUCCUGCUUCUGAAUCUAGUCGAAAUGCCUCUGGUUAUACCCGUAAACCUCGUCAAAACUCUAACGAUUCCGACUCAUCUGAUAACUCUUCAACUGCUGUUCCCCCUUCACCUCCACCUCAACCAUUGGCCAAUAACGACAAGGAACCUUUUGCCACUUUGCAACAUUAUCUUCGCUUGAUUUCUGAAAACAGUAUCGUAGAAGAUCCACUCAAAACUUACGAUAUUAAAAAAGUUAUCGAUGAAGGUUCAUCUGCAAAGGUCUAUAACGCUCACCCAUUAUCUAAUCCCAGUGAAGAAUGUGCAAUCAAGAUUGUCCCCCUCUCCUAUUCUUUGGAGUUCAUCUUCAAUGAAAUUUAUGUGCUUAAGAAUCUCAAGCACAAAAAUAUCGUCGAUUGCAAAGAAAGCUUCUUACGCUGGGAUGGAAAAACACGUGAAGUUUGGAUUGCAAUGGAAAAGUGCGCCCGUGGAGAUGUAACAAAUCGUGCUGGUAAAAUUACCCAACGGGAAGUUGGACGCAUUGCCGGCGAGCUCUUGAGCGCGUUGAAACAUUUACAUGCCAAUGGGGUCAUUCAUCGUGAUAUCAAACUUUCAAACAUUUUGGCCGAUGCAAACAAUGAAAUAAAAUUAGCUGAUUUUGGUAUUUCGUCUUUGACCCCUACUUCGACUACCGCAAUGGUUGGCACGAUCCCAUACAUGGCCCCUGAUGUUGUUCUCGUUGGACCUGACCGACCCUAUGAUACCAAAGUUGACAUUUGGGCUAUAGGUGUUUGCAUUUUAGAGCUUUUAACUGGUAAGGCCGCCUGGGGACGCAUCCGCGAUGACGAAAUCAUGGACAAAUUGCGCCGGGGUGAAAUGCCAUACGGUUUUCAUCGUCUCCGAAAGAAAGCCGAUAUUGGAUGGGAAGCCGUUGAUUUCUUGGAAAAGUGUUUUGCAAGGACCCCCGAAAAUAGAUGGUCCGCCGAGAAAUUGUUGGAGGGAAAGAAGAGAUGA